AUGUCUACUCUUACAGAGUUUACCUACUUUCCACAGCUUCCUGCCGAGCUGCGGAUAGAGAUAUGGAAGCUCGUGCCUGAGCCAGAUCGUCUCAUCGGCUGGGUCCCCUGCUCCAACUGCGAAGACAUCUGCAAGCAGAGACCAAACUGCCGGGAAGAAGAAGAGGCCAAGCCGCUCGCCAGACAGCAGUGUAUGGAGGAAAACCACCCUGACUGGCUUGUCAAGUAUGUGGCACACCCGCGCAAGAAUGCCAUCUUCGCCCCUCUCCACGCCUGCCGCGAGUCCCGCGAAGUGUGGAUGACCAAGUACUUUCAGCCUCCUCGGAACGUCACGGUCAACGUAUCUGGGACGGAAAUUCCCGUCAAGUUCAACGUGCCCUUCCUCAACUACGAACAUGACGUCUUCACCAUGUUUGGAGCCUGGAGCUCGACCAGCAUCUUUGACGUCGGCGGCCCGAUGGAAGCCCCGGUCGAGCCCUUCAUCGGCCUCGAUCGGUCACGCAUCCAACACGGCGGAUACUGCGAAAUUAUGGACCAGUUCUUCCCCGCGUCUACUCUAUUCGAGGUCAACGAGCUGCCAGCCCUGAAGAGGCUGUCGUUGAUUACCAUGGGUCCCCAGCCCCAGGCGGAUAAGCAGCAGGAGCCCGGGGUGCUUAUGCAGAUGACCCCGUGCACGGCUGAGCGCUAUGACUGCCAAAUCGUCGACCUGGUGAGCCCUGAAGUCGGCGAGAACUCUGCCUUUAUGAACGAGUCCCGGCCGCGAGCCCACCGACACACGAAGCAGAAGAAGUUUGACCUGUUCUACGACGAGUGGAAGGCCUGGCUAUGGCACGUUGCGGAAGCCGACGCCCAUUUGCGCAUCAAGUCAAACGCCGCUUCUUGGUGGAAGGUUGUCAAGUUCUCCGUGGCAGAGAACGCCGCUCAUCACCCUCGCACCGCCGAGGACUGUCCCCUCUAUCCAGAUAGAUGCACCGGGCCCGCCGGACACGGGCGAUGUGUCAUUGACCACUGGGAGUCAAAGUAUGAGCUUUCCUGCAAGUAUCUGGUGGAGGAUAAGUGGGCCAAUGUCCUGCAGAACGACAUCGGUGUGAAGCUUGGCGGGUGGCAGCAUCCCAUCAACCGAGAGGAGAAGAACAAGGAGGCAGCGCGCAUCCGCGACUACGUUGACGACAACUACCAGGGAAUCUGGCAGUGGGUUGAUGACGAUGAAGAGUGA